CAUUUACAGAGGGGGAAUUUAUUGCGGGACGACGAAAGGCAGAAUAUUGACGCGCACACUCGGACUCCGGAAGUGUGCACGCAUUUGGGGCUGGAAGGGAGGAGGUGCCACUUGAGUUCUUUCAAGAAGUUAGGUCGGUUAGUGCGAAAUGUGAGCGGCCUGGACUUGUUGCCGCCGCCAUGACCACGUGUUCAGUCUCUAAGGGCUGCUUUGUGUUUAAGCCAGCUUCUAAGAAGAGGAAGAUAUCUUCAGCAGCUGACUACUUCAGUAAAGAUAAUAAUGACUUAGAGGAUCAUGGGCUACGAUUUGAUACUUGUCAGUUGUUAUGGAAACAGAUUAAAUGUGAAACAGAGCAACUACAAGAGGACCUGAAUAAAAAACUGUUCAAUGACCUCAUACAGUUUUUGAGACAAUCUCACUCAGACUUCAAGGAGAAGAAAACAGAAUGGGCUUGUCGGAUAAAGUCUAGUGAAAUUCCUGCUGCUGCUGUAGUUCUAGGUGUGAAUGUUACAGAUCAUGACCUGACAUUUAAAAGUCUCUCUGAAAUUCUUCAAAAUGAUGUUACACCUUUUGUAGUGUCACUGAGAUCCAAAGAAUGCCCAGAUAUAAAACACCUUCUGCAAAAGAUGAUGAUCCAAUUGAUGGACUGUCAUGUAGAAGUGGACUCAUCUGAAGAGGAAGAAUCUUCCAAGAUUUCCCCAAGUAGGAUACACUGCUCCGUGGCCAAUCUUACUAAGUGGUAUAGGAACAUAACAAAGACAACUGAUAGUACAGCUUCGUACAAAAAAACAUCCUCAUCUAGACAUUGGGAGUCUCCUCCAGUUGUUGUUAUUUUCAAGGACAUGGAAAGUUUCACUACCAAAGUUUUGCAAGACUUCAUAAUUAUCAGCAGUCAUUGUAUACAUGAAUUUCCACUAGUGCUCAUUUUUGGAAUGGCUACCUCUCCAAUGAUCAUCCACAAGUUACUUCCUUGCUCAGUUUCUUCUUUGUUAUGCAUAGAACUCUUCCAGUCUCUUUCUUGCAAAGAACACUUGACUAGAGUAAUUGACAAGCUACUUCUGACAAGCCAGUUUCCCUUUAAACUUAGUGAGAAGGUUCUGCAAGUUCUAAUAAACCUAUUUUUAUACCACGAUUUCUCUGUUCAGAACUUCAUCAAGGGAUUUCAGCUGUCUCUUUUAGAACAUUUUUAUUCCCACCCACUCAGUGUGCUGUGCUGUGAGCUGCAAGAAGCUAAGAAGAGAGUAAAAUGUUUAUCUCACAGUCAGUGUGAAAAUAUUCGAAGACUGCCAUCUUUCAGAAGGUUUGUUGAAAGUCAAGUAUCAGACAAGCAGACUGCAUUGCUGACGGAUGAUGACUAUUUAAAGGAAACAGCACAGGCAUUGCUGCAAGAUUUGCAUACUUACCAUGAAAAUUUUUACCCAGUUCUCAAAUGUCUUCAUGCUGUCACAUCCUCUCUUCCAAAGUAUCCAUUAGGCAAACAAAUCAGAGAGCUGUAUUGUGCAUGUUUGGAGAAAAAAGUGUGGGAAACAGAGGAAUAUGAGUCAGCCAUGCAGCUAGUGAGAAUGUUGGCCAAGAAUGACUUGGUAGACGUUCUUGAAAAAUGUGUGGCAAUUCUUGCAUCCUGUCCUGAAAAACAUCUUGGAAACACUUCAGAGAAACUGAAGGAGUACUUGGGCCGACUUAGAAAUCCUGAAGCUGAAGCCAGUGAUGAUCACGAGAAGUCCAUAUCCUCACUGAAAGAACUUCAAAAGAAGACAGACCUCUAUCAUCUUCAGAAGACUCUGCUGGAGAUGAAAGACUCAAGAAGGCUUAAGAAACUAACACAAUUUGAAAUGCUUCGUUUUGAAGUUGUUGACUUUAUAGAUAGCCUUGUGAAAAAUUUCCUUGCUCCUGCAGAGAUGCAGACAUUGCACGAGGUGAUGUAUUUCAGUGCAGCAAAUACACUCCGGGAGCAUUUGAAUGCUGCCCCACGGGUUGCUCUUCACACUGCUCUCAAUAACCCCUAUUUCUAUCUGAAGAAUGAGUCCCUGAAAAGUGACGCUGGAUCCAUUUCCAAUACAGCUCCUGAUAUUUGUAUAGCAUACAAGUUGCAUCUGGAGUGUGGCAGGUUAAUUAACCUUGUCGACUGGCUAGAGGCUUUUUCAACUGUUGUAACAGCAGCAGAAAAUCCAAAUUCUACAGUCAAGGACCAGAUGGAUGAUGUUACCCAUGCUCGUUUCGUUAGAGCAGUCUCAGAACUAGAACUCUUGGGAUUCAUAAAGCCUACCAAACAGAAGACUGAUCAUGUGGCAAGGCUGACAUGGGGCAGUUGUUAAUAUGCAUUGGUUGAAAAAGAAGCCAACAGCUUAAAUGUAACAUUUCUCAGAGAAGCAUUUUGAACCCAACACUUUAUGUGUAGGAGGAAAACAGAACUCUAAUCCUUUUCAAGAAAGUUGUCUGAAACUACAGAGAACAUGGGCAGAAUCCUAGCUCAGAAUGAAGAAUGCACUUCAAAGCAAGCAUGGAUAGGUGAGCCUCCAAAUGCAAGGUGCCAGCUGCGGAAUUCCCCAAAAUGCAUAAAAGCCUGAAGGAAGACUAGGCUUUCACAUUGAGAACAUUCUUCUUGAUUUUCUGGUAGUCUGAACAAUACUUGUGGAGUCUCAGUCAAGUCAAUGGAUCCAUUAGAGUGAAAUGCAAACUGAGUUGACAUGCUUUUUCUUUUUCACCUUCUAACAAAUGUUACAUCUAAGUCCUUCAAGGAAAAGGUUUACUCAACUUUAUGACCUCCCCCCACAGGGCUAGGCAAAUUUGGAAAUAUUAGAAAAACUGUAUAUUGUCUCUCCCCUGCAAGCAUGUGCCACUCACAGAAUAGUUGCCAUUAGUCAAAUGUUAUUGGCCUGUAAGGAAGAACAAGGCUAGAAACUGGAGGUUGGGUGAAUAGUAAGGCUAGAUAGAACCUGGGAGUGGAGAAAAACAGCAAGGGAGAAAAAGGUGGCAGCUGGGGACAGGAAAGGGAAUGAAACAGUGAGGAAAGGGAAUUGGCUAGAGGCUAGGACUGGGGAAAGAGCACAGAAAAAAGGGUAUCUGGGGCCCCAAAAAAGAUUUGGUGAGGUCUGGAAGCAAUUCACUCCUUCUCUUCCUGCCCACUGAAUAGCUGAUGAGCAGCAAAGUCAUGAAUAAGAAUGAGAACAUGUACCUUUCUUCAAGUUUUAAAAAGUACAUUUUUGAAAGUGACAGGAAGAGGAAAGCUUCAGAGGUAUUCAUUGAAGAACCCUAUUGCAUGUCACUCCAAGCUACCACACAAAAGGGGAAAAAAAGAAAUAAAAGACUUGGACCACCCUAAAGAAGUUAAAGAACGCUUGAAUGUGGAGAUGGAGGGCAUUUGUUAUAACUUGAAAAGACCUAUCUAGAUGUUAACAUGAGAAUUAAAACAAACUGGAGGUACAAAAAUUUUAAAAAUUAUUUAAAAACCAACUGGAGCAACAAUAGUUCUUACAGAAGGGACAUACCAGGUUAAGGCUUUAGGAUGGAGAAGGCUUCCAAACAGUUUUGAAAAUAGCUUCCCUUCUGAAUCUUCAGUUUAGAGGAGAGCCCCUGGCUCAUAUAACAUCUGAAGUCUGGCUCUCAAAUGCUAAUUGAUCAGCUUCUGGGCAAUUAUGCAAGGAAUAUGCCCCCCCCCCGCCUCUGUCAACACACUGGCAGACAAAAGGGAAGCUUUCUAGAGCUUCGUUUUUUCCACCUUUUCUUCCUGAACUAUCAGUCAAUAGUUUUUGGGCAAUUCAAUUAACAUACAUCUAGUAUGCCAAUAAAGACCACCUUUCUCUUCUCUCUCUCUAUAUAUAUAUAUAUAUACAUAUAUAAACACACAAGUUAGAAGUAAAUGUUUUAUUCUUUCAACUAAAUUCCAGUACUACAAGGGCAGUAAAACAAUGAUACACUGAAAAAUUGCAGCAAUAAACAUUUGUUAAAGACUGAUAGAAUAAAUAAAACCUACAAAAAUGAGAAAUUAUAUAAACCCAUUCUUAACCCCCCCCCAAAGGUCAUGGAAUACAGAAAUGCCCUCCUUCACUAUUUCACAGGCAGUACUGUGGGCUAUUUGCUUUAAGUUGUCCAGGAAUUACAUUCUAAUUUAAACUGUGAAUACAGCUUUGCAGUGCACAGUUAUGAAAACCACACUAACUUCAGUCAGAAGUGUCAUUCUACACUUUUAUUUACACAACCAGUGAAGGGGCAGAGUUCUAGUACACCAGCUUUAAUCCUUUUACUUUUCAAAGUUAUUAACAUAAGCCAAAUUGUAAUGAUACAGCAAAUGAGACCACUGGUAUUAACAGGUAGCAAAGGUCCACAUCCAGGUGGUACUGACAUCAGGGAGCACUCCAAAACCAGUUGCUGCAUAAGAGUGGUUGCCACUGACAAAAGCUUGAAAUAACCAGUGUAUGGGGGGGAGGGGGAAUAUGGCAUUGUUGCAAGUCUUUAAAGGACAGCUUGCAACAAUAGAAUAGGGUUUCAGGGCUGCCCACAUAUGCAGAAAACAUGAUUCAUGAAACAUCUGAAAAAGAAAAAAGAAUCAAGUCAGGGAUAAGAACUGAUUACAUCAUUUAAAGAUAUGACACAAGCCCUUAGUAAGUUGCCUGAGCAUAUUGAGAGCUACUGAGCUGGAUUCUACAUUCCCGCAGAUGGAAUUCUACCAUGCUAUGCUUCCACUGACAAAAUGUGGAAGACAGUUUUCAUGAAUACCCACUGCAGCCCUCUGCGCCCCCCAUCUCCUCCAGAAGUUUGCUGGACCCUGUGGAACCAUAUAGGCAUAAGUUCAAAAUACUUACAACUUGCAGGCUGUUCUCCAUAUCGUCGCAUGAUCUGGUCAUGCGUGAACUUCACAAAUGCGUCAUACUGUUCUGUGAGCAAGGAAUAUUCCAAGUGAGUUGAGUAACCAUACAUGGAAAGCAUUUGAUGACCAAUAUCUACAGGACAACCAGUCCAGAAUACAUUAACAUUUAAGCACAUGACCACAUACACUUGCCUGCACUGGCUCAAAUGUCGUGCCUAAGCAUCUACUAACACUGAAUCCCUUAACCUUUCUCCUCCCUGUGCUGCAGUAUCUGAAUACAUCAUUUUUAGUUGCCAUUUAUAGUAAGUUCUUAAUUAUGCUGAAAUGAGUUAGUGUCCAUCAUGAGAACCUAUAAUUACUUAGGGGAUUUGCAUUAUAUGCACACCCAUUACAUUUCCGCAUACUGCAAAUUUACAUUUCUACCCAGUUGAGAAUAUAAGCUUUUCACAGCAAAGCUCAGGUUCUAUCUUGAACAUUUUCUUUUCAUUAUACUGAACUGAUUAAAGGAAAAUCAGAAUUGCUAAAGAUGGAAAUACUAAACUGGAGUUCUAUAAAAAUAAUGUCCAUUGCAUCUCUGUUGUAAUUGAAUGCAAUUAAGAUGUCUCCCACACUAAAGACAUUCAAGGCAGAACUGAAUAGUCAUCUGAGUGGGAUGGUGUGACUUGGCAUCCUGUAUCAGCAGGAAGUUGGAUGCAAUAGCCUCCUUGGCCCCUUCCGACCCUACUAUUCCAUGAAUCUAUGAAGAUGAAGCCAGGAAGCUAUAGAGUGUUAGUGUCUUCCUUUCCAUAUUAAGAAUUAACUGACAAGUUAUGUGGGUGGACAGAGAAUGUUGACUAGACUGAUACCAUUAUACCCUUCUUCCCUCACAUAAUCUGCCUGCAAAGUGACAAGUUGUCAGGCUAAGUGGCAUCACCAUUAAAAAGCAGUUUCAUUAGCAUCAUGAUUACAAUACAGUGUUUUAAACCUCCAUCAUUUCAUUCAAAGCAGAAAGCAUGAUGAAAUGCAUAAUGCUUGUCCAAGUAGCUUGGGAAAGCUGUGAACACUUGGGAACUACUAUGUGAAAAUUCAUGUGGCUGAACUAUUCUUUUUACCCAUCAAGUGCAGGAAUAAUACCUAGUUAAUAAACUCAUUUUGCUACUGUCUACAUAUUGACUGCAAGUUUGAAUAAAGUCAAAAAUCUGCCAUUCCUCCUUUGGAAAAAGUUAAUUAGUAGGAACCCAGAGAGCUGCAAUCAUGACCCAGGAGGCAAUUCUUUAUUCACAACAGUUGACUGAUGACUAGUUCACUGUAGCUUCAUACAUAUUAUAUGUAUAGCUCACCUUUUUUCCUUUAAAGGAACUCAAGGUGGCUUAAAUAAUUCUCAUCCUCUCAAUCUUAUUCCCACAACAACCACCCUGUGAGGUAGCUUGAGCCAAGAGUCUCUGACUAGCCUAAAGUGAGCCAGUUAGUGCCAUGGCUGAGUGGGGCUAGAACCCAAAUCUCCUGAGUUCCAGGUGUGCACUCUUUAUUACACCACACUGAUUCUCUCCUUUUUCAGUUUGCCUUUAUUAUCUUUUAUCAUACCUGCAAGUUUUGUGGUCAAGAUUUCUUCAUACUCUUCACGAAUUUUCUCUUCACGUUCUUUGAGCAAGCGUUCACAGAUCAUUCCAACCUGUCUGAGAGUAAAGAGGGGCUGUUCUUUUUUCAGUGGUGAUGAGGCUACAGAUGAAGUACCUUUGAAUAAAUAAUUCCAUAGUUAGUUCUAAUGUUUUAGAGAUUUUUCAGAUCACUCAUCACUAUAAGCAAUACAUUUGCUAAUGUUUUAAGAAUCAGACUUAAGAUCAAUGUGAGCAGCCCAAUCAUGUAACUUUCUCUGCAUGAAGCUUUUCAACACAAGCCUCUGGAUUAAGUACUUUGCGAUUUAUUGAGCUCAGUACUUAAAGCAAGCAUCAGAAGAAGCACAGCAUAAACUGUAAAUUGCCAGAAACCACAUACGUGUUAUUUUCCAAUGGACUGAAAUAUCCACAAGUAGUACAUUCCAGUAUUCCUCUGAGUUCUGCCCAUGUAACAAUCCAUGGACUAUGGGAAAGAAACAAGUCAUUUUUCCUUGAUUCCUCCUUUCCCUGCGGCUUUUGCACCACCACUCACAACAUGCUAGAAGAGCAGUUUUUCCAGGCAGCAUAAGCAGCUUCAAGGAAGAAUCAGCACAAGUGCUUCCAAAGUCAUUUCCACAAACAGGAGUUCUUUCACUUUCAGAAGGGAGUAUCUGGGUGCAACCCAAUCUGUCUUUUAACAAAUAAUAUAGGGCCUAUUUGCUACAAGCUAUUUUAUGCAACAUGAAUUUGCAGCAUGGGAGCAGCAGAUGCUUUGACAAAUCUGCUAAAGGCAGGCCAGCACUCCUAGGAGGGUGAGUAAAACACUAGAGAUUACAGACACCUGGAGCACCUCCUAUCAAUACCACACUUCCCAGUAUACUCCUUACCCCAGGCCAUCUUGCUGCUGGAAAAUGGCCAGUUUAGGGUUGCUUUACCCAAGAAUGAUGAGAACUAGAGACUACAAUUUUUAGCUUGGCAACAAAGCUAGCUAAAAUGUGUGGACCACCGGUACUACUAAUGGUAGAUGUAGCAAGAGUUUGUAGAAUCCCUAGAAAGGAGAUGUGUACAUAAGGCCUACCCUGCAGUCUCCAACCCCAAAAUUUAGUCUACUUGAGGAACCCCCCCCCAAAUAAGUUAUAUGCCUAAUGGGUUCUCCCAAAGCAGUAAGCAGCAUAUUAAAGUAGAACAAAUAAAUCAUUCAGUCAAAUGCCAUGUAAAAUAGAAACAUCACAUUGGAGGUCAAGAAUAUAAGGAAGCUUUCCUAAGCUAACAAAUUAAGGAGUGCUCUCACCUGCACUCAUUCCACAAAAUGCUAAUGUCUAAGAAACAGAUACAGUUUCACACUGGGCCCAACUUAAGGCUAUUGACUAAACAGUCAAGGACCAGGAUAUCUGAAAGGCUGUCUUCUCCCAUAUGGAUCUGCCUGUGGGCUUCUAAAGCCCUGUUGUAUAUCCCACCACUUAGACUGGAAAUAGAGAACACCUCCUUGACUUGUGCCAAUAGUAAAGCCUCAGUUAUGAAAUUCCCACCCUCCCCUCAAGAUUAGACUCCAGCCUGUUUGAUAACUUUCACAUGGGCAGUGAAAGCAUUUUCUCAUUUGAUGUUUAAUGGUUUUUAAAUUGUGAUCCAAGCUUUUCACUCUGUUGUUCCUAGUGUAAAUACUUUGCUUUAAACGCAUUGUAGUGUUUUGUUUUAUGAAUUGCCUUGGGGGUCCUUCUUAGGGCAAAAACCGAUAUCAAGAUGAUUUAAUAAAAGAAAUAUUAGCACUUUUAUUUCACCCUUAAGUUUGCUUUGCCUUUCAAAAAGAUUCAUUAAUUUAAUAAUCCUUUUUAAAAGAGAUAGUUUUUCUGUUAUUUGCUGAUCAUGUGGAAAGCCUCCUCUGAAUAUCUUUGGGCAAGAGGAAAACUUCUGCUUGCUCAAAAUUGCUUCCUUUCCUUCCCCGUUCACCCACACUUACCCCCUAAAUCUCCCAGAAGGGGAAGAAUCCAUCUGCCAACAGUAUCUGUUCCAUAACUUUCUGGGCUGUCAGAAUUAGUACAGUGCAAUUCCCCACCCCAUUUUGUGAUGAUGCUAUUUCUACAACAGGACCUUCUUAGUGAAAAACAAUGGACCCAAGGCCAAUCUCACUCCUCUAGAACCUGGAUAUAAUAAACAUUAUGGGGGGGGGGCUUACCUGGCAAAGCUGGUCCAGAAAGGAGAAAUGCUUGUGACUGUGCAUCAGUAGAACAACAGGGAUCUGUUUGCUGAAAGUUUUCUAAGUGUCUUCUCUUCUGCAUACGUUUGUACUCCUGUUUUAUAUUGUACAGAAUUUGCUCUAUAAAGAGAAAAGAUUAUCAACUGA